AUGGAGGCCUCGGCGGGCGGAGGGGCCGGCGGCGCGGCGGGGCGGCGCUGGUACUUCACCCGCGAGCAGCUGGACCGCAGCCCCUCGCGUCGCGCCGGGCUCGACCCCGACAAGGAGCUCUCGUACCGGCAACAGGCGGCCAACCUGCUGCAGGACAUGGGACAGCGCCUCAACGUCUCCCAGCUCACCAUCAACACGGCCAUCGUGUACAUGCACCGUUUCUAUAUGGUGCAGUCCUUCACCCAGUUCCACAGGAACUCGGUGGUACCAGCAGCUCUGUUCUUGGCAGCCAAGGUGGAGGAGCAGCCUCGUAAGCUGGAGCACGUAAUCAAGGUAGCACAUGCCUGUCUGCAUCCCCUGGAAACUCCUCUAGAAACCAAGAGCGAGGCUUACCUGCAACAAGCCCAAGACCUGGUCAUUCUAGAGAGCAUAAUACUGCAGACCCUGGGUUUUGAGAUCACUAUUGACCACCCCCAUACCCACGUGGUGAAGUGCACACAGCUAGUGCGAGCCAGCAAGGACUUGGCCCAAACUUCCUAUUUCAUGGCUACCAACAGCCUGCACCUGACCACCUUCAGCCUGCAGUACACCCCUCCCGUUGUGGCCUGCGUCUGUAUCCACCUGGCUUGUAAGUGGUCCAACUGGGAGAUCCCAGUCUCCACGGACGGGAAGCACUGGUGGGAAUACGUUGAUGGCACUGUAACUCUGGAGCUCUUAGAUGAGCUGACUCAUGAAUUCCUGCAGAUCCUUGAGAAAACUCCCAACCGGCUUAAACGUAUCCGGAACUGGCGGGCCUCUCAAGCAGCUAAGAAGUCAAAGGCUGAUGACCACGGUGAAGAUGAGAGCCUGUCGGAGCAGACAAUCCUCAACAUGAUUUCCAGGAACAAUAGUUCGGACAUGAACAUCGCUGGGUUAAUGAGCAUGUCAACGUCCUCGACCGCCGGAGCAGGGCCUUCUCUGCCGGCCACGGUGGACUCACCCAGCGACCAGAGUGGCACGGAUAUGUCCCAGCCUGAGCACUGGCUGUCCCAGCAUCCUCCACCCAAGCUGGAGACUGGCCAGAGUCACAGGACUAACGAAAGCUCGUCGGCUGCUGAGCACCCUUUACAGCAAGAUGGCGCUGGUUAUCAGAAGCAGAGCGGCAAGAACGCCCCAUCAGCCAAAGUGUCGCUCAAGGAGUACCGGGCCAAGCACGCCGAGGAGCUGGCGGCACAGAAGCGGCAGCUGGAGAACAUGGAGGCCAACGUGCGUUCUCAGUACGCCUACGCUGCGCAGAAUCUCCUGGUCCAGCAGCAGCGGGAGAGGGAAGUCCAGCAGGACAGCAACCCCUCUCCGAUCAUCCUGAAAAUCCCCAUCGGCGGCCCGGAGAACCCCGAGCGCCCUCCCGGCCCUGAAAAGAGUGACAAAGCCUCGGCUCUGAAGCUCAGGAUCCCUGUGGCAGGUGGAGGUGGGGAGAGGCCCCUCCCCUCCAAGCAGGAAGAGAUAAAAAUGCGGAUCAAGGUGCCAACCGCCGCAGACAGGCACGGCUCCUCGGAUGAGAGCAGCGGCAAGAACCGGGAGCACAAGGAGAAACACAAGGUUCACUCUUCUAACCACCACCACCACCACCACAACCACCACUCUCACAAACACUUACACCCCCAGCUUGGCGCCGGCCCCAGCAGCAUGGCGAACAAGCGGCCGGGAGACUCUAAACACAUCAGCCAGCCUAGCGCCGUGCCCCACAAAAGCUACGGUCCCCUCGCCUCUUCCCGCAAGAGGCCCCUGCCAGAGGAGGUGGCAGCAGCCACGGCCACGGCCACCGCCGCAGCCCACGAGCACCAGCCCAAAGUCAGCAAAGCCUCCAAAGGCCCUGGCAUGCCGUUCCCUUACCCCCACCUCCCCGGGGCGGCCCACCUCCCAGGGCACAGCUCAGAUGUGGGCAACCUCCCCUUAUCCCAGGCCAACAAAGCCCGGGGCACCCACAGCAAAUCGGACAAGGGUCCCACGGGGGCCAACGGGCACAAUGCCAACCAGGCCAGUGACUACCAGGAUACGGUCAAUAUGCUGCACUCGCUGUUGAGCGCGCAGGGCAUGCAGCCCACCCAGCCCCCUGCCUUUGACUUCCACUCGUACGGCGAGCUCUUGAACCCCCGGGCUUCCACCAGCUCCAGAGCUGCCGCCAACACGGACAAGCCCCGACCACCCCCCCUGCCCUCAGAACCGCCCCCCCCGCUCCCCCCUCUCCCCAAGUAAAACC